AGCCAAUUGGUUCGGCUGGCUGUGCUUGCGGAGUGCUGAGACCUCGUGACGCCCCGUGCAGUUCGCCCCGAUGGAUCAGACCGAGAAGGCGUUCCAGAAGCAGGACGCCGUCUUCAUCGGCGCCAAACGCUUGUUGGGCAAGAAGGCGGGCAAGAAGGCGCUGCGCUACUGGCGCAACGUGGGCCUCGGCUUUUCCACGCCGAAGGAGGCCAAAGAGGGCAAUUUCGUCGACAAGAAGUGCCCCUUUACUGGCAACGUCAGUAUCCGCGGGAAGAUCUUGAAGGGCAUGGCCAUCUCCUGCAAGAUGAAGCGCACCGUCAUCAUCCGGCGCAACUUUCUGCACUACAUUAAGAAGUUCAACCGCUUCGAGAAGCGGCACACGAACCUUGCUGCGCACUGCUCCCCUGCCUUCGACGUGAAGGAGGGAGACAUCCUGACCGUCGGGCAGUGCCGGCCCCUCUGCAAGACGGUGCGUUUCAACGUGCUGAAGGUGGAGAAGAACCAGAUCUUCGGCACCGCGAGGAAGCAGUUCAGGCUGUUCUGAGGUUGGGGCCCGCGAGCGGCGCGGUCGGCCUUCGCGUCUGCACGGAGGCAUCCGUCGACUACGCGGUCACGCUGGCGUGUGGCCGAGUCCGAGGUUGCGUUCGGGCGGCAUCUGGUGGGCGGCAGCUCCGGAGUCGCUGGAGGAGCGCGGCGUUUCCUCCCCGCUCCUCCUCCUCGGCCCCCGUGCCGUGCGCGAGCGGAGGAAAGACGCACACGCACGCGCGGCAGCGCUGGCUUCGAAAGUGCAGCUGGCGCGAACGUUCGUGGCAUGAGGCUGGCCUCGCGGACCUGUUCGAGUACGCAGCUGGGCGCGCGCGCGUGUGCUUUUCAGGACGCCCUGCUCUUGGCCUCCCGCAGGCCCCUCGUCG